GCUGUACCGCGGGGCGGGUUGAGGGAAGCACACCGCACCGCCGGAAGGAGUCUUCGGUGCUCCGCGUCCUUAGGACCGCAGCUGGGGAACCCCGAGCUGCCAUGGAGCAGUCACAGCCUCACGCCGCCGCCGAGGACGACUUGGACUCCUUCCUGGAAAAGUUCCAGAGCCAGCCGUACCGCGGCGGCUUCCACGAGGACCAGUGGGAGGAGGAGUUUGACAAGAUUCCCCUGUUUAUGAAGAAAGCACCGUCAGAAAUUGAUCCCAAAGAGAAUCCCGACUUGGCUUGUCUCCAGUCAAUUAUCUUUGAUGAGGAGCGAUCUCCAGAAGAACAAGCCAAGACUUAUAAAGAUGAAGGUAAUGACUACUUUAAAGAAAAAGACUAUAAGAAAGCUGUGAUUUCAUACACUGAAGGACUAAAGAAGAAAUGUGCAGAUCCUGAUUUGAAUGCUGUCCUUUAUACGAACAGAGCAGCAGCUCAAUACCAUCUUGGUAAUUUUCGUUCUGCUCUCAGUGAUGUGAUGGCUGCCAGAAAGCUAAAACCUACCCACCUCAAAGCCAUAAUAAGAGGUGCCCUGUGCCAUCUGGAAUUGAAACACUUUGCUGAGGCUGUGAGCUGGUGUGAUGAGGGGCUGCAAAUAGACGCCAAGGAGAAGAAACUUCUGGAGAUGAGGGCUAAAGCAGACAAGUUGAAGCGGAUUGAACAGAGGGAUGCGAGGAAAGCAAAAUUGAAAGAAAAGAGGGAGCAGAAUCAGAAUGAAGUUUUGUUCCAGGCCAUCAAGGCUAGGAACAUCAAGCUUGUUUUGGAAGCUACAGGUGAGGAUGAAGAUUCAUCCUUGGAUAGUGCAAGUGAGGAUGAAGAUUCAGCCUCGGAUGGACUCAGUGCUGAGAACCUUUACGGAGCCCGGCUAAGGCUAGAUUACCAGGGCCGGCUGAGUUGGCCUGUGCUCUUCCUGUACCCAGAGUACUCCCAGUCUGACUUCAUCUCUGCUUUUCACGAGGACUCCAGGUUUAUUGAUCAUCUAAUGGUGAUGUUUGGUGAAAUGCCCUCCUGGGACUCAGAGCGAAAAUACUGCCCUGAUCACUUGGAGGUAUACUUUGAAGAUGAGGACAGGGCAGAGCUGUACCAGGUGCCCCCCACAAGCACUCUGCUGCAGGUGUUGCAGCACCCCAGGUACUUUGUAAAAGCUCUGACACCAGCAUUUCUGGUCUGUGUAGGAGAGUCUAGUUUUCGUAAGAAUUAUCUCCGGGGAAGAAAGGUGCACAAGGUAAAGUGAUGGGGCCAGACCUGGAUCUCCUUCCUCACCUUCCUCUGCUGGAAUCUAGCACACUUGAAGCUGCUGGAUAUGCCACAAGUCCAGCCCUUUUUUUUCUGUCACCUUGGGGACACUCUUUCCUAGCCUUGUGCUGAAGGAGCUGUUGACUUCCCUGAACUGUGGCCUCUCAGACCAAGUCACUGAGCUCCAGCUGGUCAUCAUUCUCCUCCAUGGAUUCAGAGCCCUGGGCAGUGGUCAGGGCAUCCUUGAAGUCCAUCUGCGGAGGGGACCAUGUGCUGCACUUCCCACACUGGCCUGAAGAACCUGACUUGGGAUACAGUGACAUGGCUGUGCAUAGAGAAGUUGCCCUCCGAGGCAGUAAACCAACUUUGCCUGGAUUGAUGCCAUAAGACUGAGAGACUUUGCCCUCCAGUUAUUGCACCAGCAUGGAGGAUAGUUCCAAUAGGGUGCUGCUGACGCAGUGAGUGAAAGAGGUCGCAAAGCCACUAGUUAUACCUCAAAAUUUUGCCAGUUUCUUUCAUCUUUGCAGUGUGAGAACUAUGACAGAUUUGGACAUUUCUACUCUAACUUCUGGGCUCCUGUCUUGGCCUCCCAAAUGCUGAAGUUAUAGGCAUGCUUCACUUUGCCUGGCUAGGAUUUUAUGCCUUUUUUUUUUUUUUUAAUGUUGCUCA